UGGGUCUCCAUCCCCCUUUGUGGUCUGGGCUACAAACCUUCGCUGCUCCCUCUCGUCCCCCUCCGCCAGCAGAGGCAGCCGCGAUGGGCGCUGGCGGCCCCCGGCGGGGCGCGGGCCCCCCAGACGGCGGCUGGGGCUGGGCGGUGCUGGGCGCCUGCUUCGUGAUCACCGGUUUCGCCUACGGCUUCCCCAAGGCGGUGAGCGUCUUCUUCCGCGCCCUUAUGCGCGACUUCGGCGCGGGCUACAGCGACACGGCCUGGGUGUCCUCCAUCAUGCUCGCCAUGCUCUACGGCACGGGUCCGGUCUCCAGCAUCCUCGUGACCCGCUUUGGCUGUCGCCCAGUGAUGCUGGUGGGUGGGCUAUUGGCCUCGGCGGGCAUGGUGUUAGCAUCCUUCGCCACGCGCCUCCUGGAGCUAUACCUGACGGCUGGGGUGCUCACAGGCCUGGGCCUGGCCCUCAACUUCCAGCCGUCGCUCAUCAUGCUGGGGCUGUACUUCGAGCGGCGGCGGCCCCUAGCCAACGGGCUGGCGGCGGCGGGCAGCCCCGUGUUCCUAUCGGCGCUGUCGCCGCUCGGCCAACAGCUGCUCGAGCACUUCGGCUGGCGCGGCGGCUUCUUGCUGCUCGGCGGCCUCCUGCUGCACUGCUGCGCUUGCGGCGCCGUCAUGCGGCCGCCGCCGGGACCCGGCCCGCGGCCGCGCGGGGACAGCGCGGACGACGCUCCCGGGGAGGCGGAAGCGGACCGCGCCGGGCUGCGCCUGCGCGAGGCGCCCCCUGGCGGCCGGACCCGCCGCCGCCUGCUGGACGUGGCCGUGUGCGCCGACCGCGCCUUCGGGGUGUACGCCGUCACCAAGUUCCUGAUGGCCCUUGGCCUCUUCGUGCCCGCCAUCCUGUUGGUGAACUACGCCAAGGACGCGGGCGUGCCGGACGCCGACGCCGCCUUCCUGCUGUCCAUCGUGGGCUUCGUAGACAUCGUGGCGCGGCCAGCGUGCGGCGCCCUGGCGGGCCUGGCACGCUUACGACCUCACGUCGCCUACCUCUUCAGCCUGGCCCUGAUGGCCAAUGGCCUCACGGACCUGAGCAGCGCGCGUGCGCGCUCCUACGGCGCCCUUGUCGCCUUCUGCGUCGCCUUCGGCCUCUCGUACGGCAUGGUGGGCGCGCUGCAGUUCGAGGUGCUCAUGGCAGCCGUGGGGUCGCACCGCUUUCCCAGUGCUCUGGGCCUGGUGCUGCUCGUCGAGGCCGUGGCUGUGCUCAUCGGACCCCCCUCUGCCGGCCGCCUGGUGGACGCCCUGAAGAACUACGAGAUCAUCUUCUACCUGGCGGGCUCUGAGGUGGCCCUGGCUGGGAUCUUCAUGGCUGUGGCCACCAAGUGUUGCCUGCGCCGCUCUAAGGACACCCCGCCCAGCCAAGGCGCCCAGGGCGGGGCCAGCGACACUGAGGACGCUGAGGCCCAAGAGGACGCUGAGGCCCUGCCCGCCGGCGCUGAGGAACCCGGCAGCCUCCAGGCCCUGGAGGCGCCAAGCCCCGGGGCUGGGCCGGGGGAACCAAAGGCGGAGGCAGAGCUGGGCGUGGACCCCGAGUCUGUAUAGCUCGGGGGGCACUAGGCGAGGUGGCUGGUGACUUUGGAAACGGGGCCGACCCUCUCAGAGCCCUGGCUGUCCCGAGGGGGCCUGGAGUACUGCAGGCUGCUCUGCAGAGGUCGCCCCUGGGGUCCUGGGUGGGCCGCCUCCCUCGUCCGUCCAGCAGGCCGCGGCCAGGCCCUGCCCUCGCUCAGCGGCUGUGCACCGCCAGGGGCGGGGCCUGCGUGAAACUCAAGUGCAUAAAGCUCCGCUGCGAGACCGAGUCCUGUUCCUGCGUC